AUGGCUUUGAGAGGCGUUUGGCAAUUACAAAAGCUGAUUGUGAGUUACUGUAAUUGGGGAGGCAGUAGCAGGGGUAUCAGGGAAUUUAUGGAAUCUCAAUUGCCAGCAUUUAAAGAGAAAAAUCCUCAGCUCGAGGUGAUCAACGAACUCAAUCGUGGUCAUCAUCCAUUUCUGAAGGGUUUAUACAAGAACAAGAACGAGCGAGUUGUAUGCGUUAAGAAUAUGACUCCUGAGGAAGUACACCAGUGCGCAACCAGGCUAAGGAAUGCACUGGGACGAAAGGUGGUGAAGCUGAAGACAAGACACGUUACAAAACAUCCUAGUGUUCAAGGAGGACGAGGAGGUGAUGCUAGUAUUGGAUCUACAAUUGGUUUGAAGGAGGAGGAGGAGGAGGUCUCAAUGGUGGUGGUGGUGGUGGUGGUGGGUGGGUGCAGCAAAGCAACACCACCUUAUUCAGCAGCUAUUCUCUUAAUUUUCAGGUACAGAAAGAGAAGGAUUUGA